AUGUCUCGCGUUUACCUCGGACACCUUCCUGCUCGCUGCCGAGAACGCGAUAUUGAAGACUUUUUUAAAGGGUACGGACGACUCAGAGACGUUGUUUUAAAAAACGGUUAUGGAUUCGUGGAAUUCGAUGACGAAAAGGAUGCUGACGAUGCCGUGUAUGACCUCCAUGGUCGUGAGUUGAGGGGGGAACGCAUCAUAGUUGAACAUGCACGUCUUCCGCCUGGAUCCCGAGGAGGUAGCAGGCGGACUGGCGGCCGCGACCGCAUAGUUGAGUUCUCAUCAUAUGCUGACAUGAAGGAAGCCAUUGAAAAGUUUGAUGGAUACGAGCUUUACGGCCGUCGAUUGCGUGUUUACGAGGAUCGUCCCAAUCGACACUCAAGGUCCGGUUCCCGAGGUCGCUCACGCUCUGAUAGCAUCGGAAGAAAGCGUGCUGCUCGCUCUAGAAGUCGCGAAUCGUACCGUCGCCCGAAAGCACAUUCCCCACGUAGACGACGAGAACGAUCAGUCUCAAGUAAAAGGCGUCGCUCCGUUUCUCGGGACGGUCGUGAUUCAUCAAGAAGAUCAAAGGAAUUGUCAGUGGAGCAUAGGUCUCGCAGUCCAUCGCACCGUUCUGAGUCUCAUCAUUCCCGCAAACGCUCCGCUUCGCACCACACUGAGAAAAAUUCACCGGGGGCCGAGUCCCGCUCCCCAAGUCGUAACGGAACUGAUGGCAGCAUUAAGAACGAACCGGAAAUAAGGUCUCGCUCAAGGACUCGUUCGCGUUCGGCGUCAGCUUCGCGCUCAAGAAGCCAGUCUCGGUCCGCUGAUUCACGCAGCCCUGACCGGUCACGUUCUGUCAGCCGCUCCCGCUCUGGAUCUCGAAGAAGCGUAUCCGCUGAAAGACAUCAAUCGGACGAAGAAGAAAUAGACAGCAGUAGGAGAAGUGACGACGAAAGGGAUGAAACCGGGCGUGAAUCAGAAGACUAA